UAAACCUUGUGAGCUGUUAUGAUAAUUAUUUCGAAAAUUGAAAACGAACGUUAUUCAAUUAUUCAUGGUUUCGAUUGUUUUUGUUAUAACUUGAUGAUAACAUUAAGUCAUUUUACAUUAUGGAUUCUGACGAAGAAAUACCGUCUUUGGUGGAUGCUGUCAUUUUAGAACCUGUACCGGUGACAUUGAUUACGGGUUAUUUAGGAUCCGGUAAAACGACACUUUUAAAUUAUAUACUCACUGAACAACACAAUAAAAAAAUCGCUGUGAUUCUCAACGAGUUUGGAGAAGGUGACACGAUGGAAAAAGUAAUUGCAAUUGGCGAGAAAGGAAAUCUUUGUGAAGAAUGGCUAGAGCUGCAAAAUGGAUGUUUAUGUUGCUCAGUCAAAGAUAAUGGUAUCAAAGCUAUAGAAAAUUUGAUGUUAAAACGGGGAAAAUUUGAUUACAUACUAUUGGAAACAACUGGACUCGCCGAUCCUGGUCCAAUUGCAAAAUUGUUCUGGGUAGACAGUGAAUUGGGAAGCGACGUUCAUUUAGAUGGGAUUGUUUGUGUUGUUGACAGCAAGUUUGCUACUAAACAUUUAAAUGAUGACUCGUCUAUUUCGAAUAAUCUCAAUUUGGAUGAUACCAUUAACCCUUCUUUAAGACAAAUAACUUUAGCGGAUGUUAUUCUGGUCAACAAAAUUGAUUUGGUCGACUCCAAUAUUGUGGAAUCGUUAACGAAAACUGUCAGAUCCAUAAACGGGACAGCUGAGAUUAUUAGUACCACCAACAGCAGAGUGGAUUUAAACAAAAUUUUGGAGUUAAAAUCAUACUCAUCAAAUUUCAGCCCUGCAAGAAUAGAAGAAAUUGUAAAGAACGUUGACGGGUUGGAAGGAAAAGCGCAUAUAUACCGAAACAUUAGUACAGUAACGUUGGAUAUACCCAACGGAAUUUCGAAAACGUCUCUGGACACUUUUGUGUGUCAGAUUUUAUGGGAAAAAACUUUAACAGACGGCCAAGGAAACUUUUCUGAAAUUAUUCGGAUGAAGGGCGUGAUAAGAUUCGCAGACCAGUCAGUGGCUUCAGUACAAAGCGUGUACGACAUGUACGAGAUUCAAACAAUAAGCGGCCAUCACAAAGUCCCCCCGGGAAGUAGAAUUAUUUUAAUAGGAAAAUAUUUGGAUAAAAAUUCGUUGUUGAGUUUACUUGAAAAAUGUCUAAAAGCAAAUGCCUAAUGGAAAGAAAUUACGAACUGAUGUAUAAUAAUAAUAAUAUAUAUAUUAUGAAUGUGAAUAUAACUGUUCUUUUCACUUAACUUUUAUAUCUAUUUUCAAAAAUGUGUUCAAUAUACUUUAAUUACGAUUCGAAAGGCGUAAAAUAUCAAUU